AUGUACUCAAAAGCGGGAGAAGUCGUUCAAGAGGUGUUCAGUUCUCUUCGUACUGUGCUUUCGCUCAAUGGUGAGAAAGUCGAAGAAAAAAGAUACGAAAGCAAAUUGAAGGCGACUCGUUGGAGUAGUAUACGCAAGGGUGCCGCUUUUGGUCUUCUUGCUGGAUGGAUCUAUCUAAUAGGAUACAUUAUUUAUUCUGUUGGUUUUGCUUUCGGCUCAUCUCUCAUGCAUCAAGAAGGACACAAAAAACUCAGUUUUAGUGAUCUUCUUGUGAUAGUGGUUACUUUGGCACGACUUAUCACUAAUAUUGCCUUUGUUAGUCCUUUCUUUCAAUUAUUGGAAGAAGCUCGAGGUGCUUUAAUGCCUGUAUUUCGAUUGAUCGAUGAGGAAGAGAAGACAAGUAUAAAUGAGACACAAAUAUUCCAAGAUUCCGUUGCUUGUGAAGAAGCUAUCAACAUGAAUGGUGAUAUUCAAUUUGAUAAUGUCAACUUUGCCUAUCCAGCUCGAC